AUGUACUACUUAGAUGAUCUGCGCAAACAAGGAGUAGAGUUCUCAGACUUCUCCCUAGACUGGCUGCCAGAAUUUCCUCCAGACUUCAUGAAGAGGCCACGAGAACCAUCUGAGAAGGCAAAGCAGGCGAAGAGAGCAAAGCUGGGAGAAUCUUUUGGAUCAAGACCUCCAGUACCUCUGGUUGGAUCCUCUGGUAAGUCUGUAUUUCUACCUCCUUCUAUACAAGUUAAACCUAUUGCUUCCUCAAUCCCUCAACCUUCGCCCAUAUACACUAACUCAGAAACUCCUCCCUCAACCACCAAACCAUCUAACCAACCCUCUCAAAAAUUCAACCUGGCCACCACAUCUCAACCUAUUUCGGAAGUAGAAAUGCUAAACGAAACAACCUCACCCUCCCCAUCUUCAUCUCCAGAAUCACCACCCUACUACACACAUUCAUCAGACACUGAACCAUCUGACCCUCAGUCCCCAACUCUGGCUCAACUCCAACACCAUGCUCUGGCUUCUUAA